CCCAUUCUAUACUCACAUACAGAAAUAUCAAUCUAGACGCAUACUCAAUUUCGGCUUCUCAUGGCGAAACACGACUCUUGCGACCCCCCGCCGUACCCCCCUCCAGACCACCUCCCGCGCGACUCUCCUCCUCCCUACUCGCGCACCAGCUCCCUGAGAGAAUCCGUCGCCUCUACCGCCGUCUCGGAUGACUCCCUCGUUCACAGCCCGACCGACAGCGUCAUUGUUGAUCGAUCAGCGGGAAAUGGCUCUGUCCAACGCAUGUCAAUCUUUGUCCAGUCCUUCCUGCGACCCUGCCAGGCCCCGCGCCUGAUCGAUGUCUCGUCCACCACGCAGUCGGCAGCCAUCCCGGCCUCUCUAGAUAUUGUCGUUAUGGUGGUGGGGGAAAACGUCGAUCCCUUCCUCACGCUGGGCAAGAGACUGGCCCGAGAUGGCCACCGCGUGCGAGUCGCCGCUCUGCAGCAGCACGAAGAGCAGGUUCGCCGGAAAGGACUCGAUUUCUACCCAGUCCGGUCGACAGGAGAUCUCUCCCAAGCCGCAGAUGGCCCCCAGACUCGCGUCAUGCUCCUGGACCAGUAUACCAGCUGCUGGGAGGCCUGUAUAGCAUCACUCGAUGCGAACGACAAUAGCAGCAGCAGCAGCAGCAGCAGCAGCGUCACCAGCCAGCCCUUCAUGGCAGAUGCGAUUAUUGCCUCCCCCCUCGCCCACGCUCAUAUCCACUGCGCCCAGCGGCUGUCGGUUCCCCUGCACAUCAUGUCCAGCACCCCCUGCUGGCCGACGCGCGAGUUCCCGCAUCCCGAAGCCCAGAGCAUCACCCAGAUCGACGAUCCGGGGCUGUUGAACAUGCUCACCUACGCCAUGCUCGAGGAGUCUGUCUGGAACAGGAUCACCGAGCCCGUCAACCGCUUCCGACAGCUGCUGGGCCUGCCCGCGCUGUCGUCCGAGCUGGCCGGCCGCCUGCUCCAGGACUGCAACGUGCCGCACACCUUUUUCUGCUCGCCACGCCUCUAUCCUCGCCCCCGGGACUGGCCCAGCUGGGUCGAGAUCACCGGCUACCCGCUCGACUGCUCUGCAUCCUCGCCGAUCAACAAGGCUCUCGAUAAUUUCUGUCAAUCGGGGCCCCUGGUCUACCUCGCGCUCGACGAACAGGCCGUCGUCAACCGUUCCCAGCUCACGCAGGCCGUCCACCAAGUCAGCCAGCAUCACGGACUCCGUCUGAUCCUCAGCCCGUCCUGCCAAUCCCUGCUUCCCCUGGGCAAUAACAUCAUCGUCAGUGACGAGGAGGCUUGGAUCCUUUCGCGCGUCGACAUCGCCGUCCACCAUGCCACCGCCCAUUCCACGGCCAUCACCCUCCAGUCCGGCACUCCCAGCGUCACCAUCCCCCUCGCCUGCCGCCCAGACCAGCACGACCGCGCCGUCGCCAUCGCCAAAGCCGGGGCGGGGGCCGCCCCCCUGCCCGAAGCCGCCGUGUGCCCGACCACGCUCAGCCAGGCGAUCGAGUUCGGGCUCAGCCCGGGGCUCCGACAGAACAUGCAGCCGCCUGCCGACCCGUCGGCCUCCCUGGAGGAGGUGCUCCGCUGUGUCUCGCGCUGGAUCGCGCCGCGGCUGAAACUCUGCACCCUCACGGGCGAUCUGGCCGUGUACCGCGUGCAGGAGUCCGGCCGGGAACUGUCUGCAGCUGCGGCGGCCGUCUUGAUCGCCAACCAGCGUCUCAAGCCCGCCGAUCUGAUCAACCUCCCCAUCCAUGUGUACGACGUCAAGGCCGAGCCGACGGCCGCCAAAUACCGCGGCGCCGUCGCCAACGCCGCUCGCGACAUCGUCAACGCCUCGGAUCUAGUCAGCAAACUGCCUGGUUUGCAGAGGAACACCGGGGCCAAACGAGACGUCGUCGAGGAGAUUGGCGUCGGCACCGCCCGCUUGUUCGGGAACAUCGCCUUGUUACCCUUCACCACAACCGCAUUGGCGGUCAAUUCCGUGCUGAUCGGCGUCAAAAGCGCGCGAGCCAUGUACAAGCAGGACGGGCCCCAGGGCCAGGCCGAUCCUGACCGCAAGACGCAGGUCGACUGGCGGGCAUUUAUCGACGAGCUGCAGACGCAGCGGGGAGGACAAGAUCCGCGGGUCCAGGAGAAGGAGUUUUGCAAGGCUGUCCUGGACAAAUUCAAGUAGGUUAGGUUAUACUUUAAUACAUUAACUACCAUGUUAGAGACCUUUUAAUACAUUUUAUAUAUUACUCUGCCAAAAUCAACUCAACACAGAGACUUGCCACCAGGGUAGGAUCCCUCGACGCGGGAAACAGCGUUUUAGCAGUGCUCUGUAGGGCCGCCGGCGACCAGAUACAGGCUCUGGAGGAUGUUAUAAUGAAUUACAGUAGUACUUGUGC